AAAAUGCAAGUUCCUUGUUCAUAGACUGUUAUUCGCAUCUAACAACGUUUAUAAAAUUGACGGUGGAAGCAACGCAAAUUUUCAAAAUUCCAGUAGAAAAAAUUAACCAAAAUGGCUUUAGAUGCGCGCUGGCUUCAGAUUGUAGCAAUAGGAAUGGUUCUGCAUAUCACUAAUUCCUGCGUUAUUGGUUUUUGCGGCGACAUGGGCUUGAAAAGAAUCGAACCGGAUUUUGAAUCAAGUCUGUUCACUCUCGCUACGCUGAAUUUACUGACCACACAAAAUCUCUGCCCAGGUGUUGUUGCUAGUGCGAAUCCUAUUGUUGCAAGACUGUUUGAGAUUGCGGCUAGCAUUUUCAUUGUGGACGUGGCGCUGGUGACGAUAUGGCAGCCGGGUAUGAAGUUCAUAUCUGCGAUACCGCCCUUCAUCGGUUCAGUGGUUCAGUGCGUGGCGACGUCGUUAUGCAUGGUUGACACGGCGCCGGUGCAGUGGCUGCUGUCCAUCCUUGCGGACGAGCGGACGUGCAACGACUCCAUCCUCGUCGCCGCCAUCCUGCUCGUCGUCUACUCUGCAAAGUCCAGCAACUUCAUCUGCCACAUGCGCAACCUCCUCGAAGAGAAGACCAGCGGUUCGCCUCCCUGCCCGUGCCCUGGGGAAGAUGGCGGCAAGCAACGCUCCCGAAAACGCAGUCGCAGCCGCAGCAGAGUCCGACGCGAUCUCAGCGUCUCGACCUUCGAAACUGACGACUGAGAAAAAUAAUAACAGCGUUUCGCUCAACUGCCCUUCGUGCCCUGCCUGCGUGACCGCUGGGGAGGAAGGCAGCAACAAGCCUCUCGCCGAGAACAUCGCCAGCGCCAGACUCAGCCGCGCGCGCAGCCGUAGCCGCAGCCGCAGCCGCACGCGCAGCCGCAGCCGCAGCCGCAGUAGGGUCAGCUUCUGAAGCUGGAGACCGAGCCCCGGUCGGUCCCAUUUAUGGAUCACUCUAUUUUUGCUUGACCACGCCAACUUCUGAAAUAUAACGCUCUUAUUUACCAAACA